CGAAUAAGAGAACAGUCAGCUAAAGAAGAUUUCACUCAUGCAGACACUGCAGCCUACACAAGCAACAGACUACACACAGAUGAUUUAUCAGCUGUGCUCUGCUCACAGCCAAAGAGAGGAGCUUUGAGGCGACAGGCUUGUAUUGACCAACAUAACCAAGAAAACCUCAAGGAUCCGUGGGUCCACCUUUCCAACAGUUUCCCUGAAGAGCUGCCUGAGAUCAACCACCAUCACCGUCACCAUACUGCAGACAGAACACAGCUUACCAACAUCCACAGCAAAGCUGCCACCAUGAAUGACGACAAGAACAUAUCCGAGCUCAAUGGCAUAGCUACAGAUGUGACUUCAGAUCCUCUGUCCAACAUGAUUUCUGAAAACACAUGUGAAACUCCUCCAGGAGCAAAGAUGGGGCCCCCGGUGGCACCCAAGCCUGUCUGGUUUCGCCAAAGUCUGACGAAAAUUCAGGAUGAGCAGGAUCAGAAGAGGCAAGCUAAACCCGCAGAACAGAGGCCUAGUGUGGGCUUCAACAGAGGCUUUGGAGUCAGAUGUGCAUCUUCUGCAACCAACCUGUCAAUCAAACAAAAGAUCCACUCAUUUGAGACUUAUUCCAGGCCAGAGGGGACAGAGAUGGGAUGCAUCAGGAGGCCUUUGGUUCCUUCCACCUCUCCUGUUCUAAUGGAGAAGGAGUCCAGGAUUCGACUUGCCUCACAUGGAGAUUAUGGGAAGGGCAAAAUCCCACAAAAGAUCCAGGCGAACCAGUCUGCAUCCCCUAGGGGCACAGACAACAAAAAUGUCUCUGCUACAAGCUCUGCUAUCACCUCCUCCAUUUCUGAAGCUUCCAGUCAAACAGCCAAGACCUCUGAAGAUAAGCCUCUCUACAUCCAAUCCCCAACAGAUCUCCCACUUUCUGACACCAUCAGCACUUAUCUGAACUCAGAGAUACACGAUUGCGAUUCAGCUCCAAUCCAUGAUGAGAGGAGUGUCUUUCCAUGCAAACCUGGGCUGGAAAAAAUGGAUCUUACCAUGUCCACAGAAGACAAAGUCCUACUGCCUGCAACAACUAUGAGAUCCAAUCAAGCUGCAGGGGAAAGUCAUCAUGAAGGGAUGGAGGAAUAUGGAGCACAGAGCCAAGAGAAGUUGCUGAGCACACCUCAGAAUGCUGCUCUGCCCACAGACAGUAACCCCCUGAGAAGCCUGGAUGGAGAGAGUUUAGAGAAAAUCCUUGUCUUCAGUAACCAGGUUUCUCAAGUGCUUAUGCGCGCUCUACCCAUGCACCCCUGCCAUGGUAACCCUCGUUCCUCAAAUCUGCAGGACAACUCUGAAGUGGAUAUAACAAACCCUCAGGAGUCUGAGCAUGACCUGGACAGCACUGACAGAGGAUUCUCUGUUAGCUUGGCCACACUGAGGGACUGUACCAUUGACCAGGGGGAGGGGGGAUCUCACAACCAGGCAGACAUCACUUCUGCUUGUGCUCACUCCUUCAUCUCAGCCAUCUCCUCACAGGAAAUACAGGGGAUGAUCCAGGAAGUCAAAGUUCUAAACGAAGAGACACUGAAGCAAUUGGUUGACAUCCAUGUUGUGAUUCUUCAUAAAGAGGAGGGAGCUGGGCUAGGAUUCAGCAUCGCUGGAGGGUCUGACCGGGAGAGCAAAGUUCCCACAGUCCACAGAGUGUUUCCCAGUGGCCUAGCAGCUCAAGAGGGCACCAUUCAGAAAGGGGAUGAAGUGUUGUCUAUAAAUGGACAAACACUGCGGGGUGUCACACAUGCUGAUGCCACUGCUGCUGUACGUCAGGCCCGCAGUUUGAAGCUGGCUGUGGUGGUCAUCUGCAAGAGAGCAGAAGAGAAAGGACGAGAGGGAGGAGGCUGCAGGAGCGAAGAGCCCGACCCUAUAGUGGAGGAACAGGAAUCACUGGUGAGUGUGGAGCUGGAGAAAGGAACUGGAGGAGUUGGGUUUACUUUGGCGGGAGGAAAAGGCUCAAUCCAUGGAGACAGACCUUUAGUCAUCAACAGGAUCUUUAAAGGUGGAGCAGCAGAGCAGAGCAGUCUGCAGCCUGGAGAUGAACUGCUGCAGGUCCAGGGGAUUAGUCUGCAGGACAUGACUCGCUUUGAGGCCUGGAACAUAAUCAAGGCUUUACCUACAGGACCCAUCACAGCAGUCAUCAGAAGGAGGCAGAAGGUGGUAGAAUGACAAACACAGCUGUUGGGAGCUGCUUGCGAGGAGGCCAAAGGAAACAAAGUAAGGCUCUUAAGGCACACAGAUGUUAGCCUUUAAUUAAAAUCAGGUGUCAGCCAGUCAAGGUGUUCCACCUUUAACAUGGUGGUUCACAGGACAACUUUUGAAUAAAUUUCUAUUAUUUUUCUAUCACAUUACUGAUCAGAUAUGAAAGUUAUUAUAGGGUCAGUUUAACCCAAACCCCCUGAAACCCAUGCAAGGGUUUCAGGGGGUUUUAACUACCUAAUUUUACAAAUUAGUUACAGAGCUGACCUCACUAUUAGUGUUUUACCUUAAAAAGAAAAUAGUCUCAUUAAGGUGCAUUUGCAUGGACAUAAAUAACCCGUUUAUGAUCAGGUUUUUGUAGUAUUCCCUUUAUGUGUUAUGUGAGUAUGUAAACACCAUAUACCGAUUUCAGAAACCUGAAUAAGCCCACAUCCAGUUAUGAGAAACCUGAAUAUACUAGUUGAAGUACUCUGAAAGAAACUUGGACACUGUUGCAUGUCAGGGUUGGGGGUAAUGGAAUACAAGUUGCAGUGUAACAUAUUUAAAAUACAAAAUAUGGAUAAUUUUAUUCCAUUACAGUUUAAAUUUGUGGUAUUCUGAAUACAGGUAAAGUCUGUCCAGUGCUGCCGUUUUGAGCUGAAAUUUUGUCAGAUGGCCUGUUUGUGUUUAUUUCUGUUGCUCGCUUUGAAAACUUUGUAAUGGAAAAAAUAAAAAAUAAAAGAUAAAAAGAUCAAAAAUAAAUAAAAGCAACCCUCCCAACAGCAUACAUCCUAUCCUGCUUAUUAAGCGCUGCUGACUUCUUGCGCAGGCACAGCUUCAGGCAAGUGACGUAACAGACAUGCAAACAAUGGCAGCAGCGAAAGCUUCUCACUCAUGGAGCCAUGAAGAAAGUGUGUUGUCUUUCAAUAAUAAAAGAUGCUGUGUAUCGUUGUCUACUGUUUCUCUGUUCAACACAGCAAUAGUGACAGUGGUAAGCUGACAACUGAUUUUAGCUAACAGUGCUUUACUAAUCAGUCCAUAAGUCUAUAAAAUGGCUCAGUCUGAUUUUGUUUUGACAUUUUGCACAAAUCUGAAGGAGAAAGGAAGAACUACAGUAGAUCAGGGAAAAUAAGAGCUAAACCUUGUAUGGAACAAUACAACUGCCCACUAAAAAAUCUGUGGUGCCAUCAUACUGGAUUGAUUAACACUGCAGUGUCUUUGAUUCACAGACGUUCAUUAGGCAUUGUUUUUAAUGCUCCUGUAUGUUUGAUCUAAAAUGGUAUGAAAAAAUGUAUAUGCAGACGUUAUAGGAGUGAAGAAUAUAUCAGAGUCGAACCAAACUGAAAUGUUAUGAAGUUGUAUGUGUUUCUAUUCUGAGCAUGCAAUGGGACAUCUUGAGCACCAAAAGUAUUUUGUAAAAGAUUAAUCUAAUUGCAUAUUUAUUAACAAACAUGCACAUUACCACUGACUGUGAGCAGGAAAUUUGAGGUAAAUGUGCCCUUUUAACACUUUCAAAUUUCAUUAAGCACAGGACAGAUUUCUGUGCUUAAAUUAAAACUGUCUGUCUAUGAUAAUACUAUGUCUACAAAACAUAAUUUAUGUAUGUUAAAUCUCAAAAUAUCCCACUGUGCACUCAGGAUUAGGACACAAAUAUAAUACCAUAGAAAGCAUUUGUAUGCAACCACAAAACAAUGUUUUUUUAUUACAGUAUGUUAAAAAAGAUAUAUCAAUUUACAGAACAGAUGCUUAUAGAGUCACUUAUAUCUGCUGUGGAAAUUUUAAAUAACUUGCAUAAAACUGCUGAAACCUGA